UAUUUUCUUGAUCUAUCACGUAACUCAGUAAGUUUGCUAGAAAAACAAGUGAACAAAUUUGAGUAAUUCGACAUAUGUCAUUGGAAUGCGGCUGUCAUUUGUCAGUUAUUUUCUAUUGAUAAACAAAUCGUACCUUGAUUAUCCCGUGUUUCGCUAGUUUCCCCCGAAAACAUGGGGAUCCUAACCGAUGCUUCGCUGAACCAGCGCAAUCAUCUCGGCCGCAACUUCCUCAAGCACAAUCGGAAGAUCUGUGCUCUUUUCUACUUAGCUGGCGCGGUUUGGUUCUGUUGCCUGGGCCACUCGCAGUUCAAUCAUGCCACAUACUUAUCGGAAAACGCCCUGUCGCCGGGUCUGGUAUAUUCGGAGAUUAAAGUCGAGUCGGCGCGCAUAGCUCAAAACUACUUAGACGAACUGAACCGGGAACGGGAGGUCUACCGCAGCGGCAUUCCCUACAACUGGAUUAUGGCGAAGAUGCAGCAAAUCGGACUGGAGGUCUACACGCACAACUUUACGUUGCACUACCCGUUAGGCUCUGGUCGGGAAUUCCACGGGGAGAAUAUUUAUGGAAUUCUUCGAGCUCCUCGGAUCGGGUCGACGGAGGGUAUUGUGUUCUCAGCGCCUUACAGGCCCCCGGAAUCGGUGCAUCCGGAUAUAACUGCGAGUGUGCCUCUGCUCCUUGCGUUUGCUGAGUUUACUAGAAGAAAGAACUAUUGGGCGAAAGAUUUAAUUUUCUUGGUGACUGACCGCGAACAGUUGGGAAUGCAUGCUUGGUUGGAGGCCUAUUAUAAAGGUGACUUGGAGGAUGCUUCUGCGUUGGAUGCUGGAAAUCUGAAAGGUCGCGCGGGAGCUCUUCAAGCUGCGCUUAACUUGGAGAUACAGGAUUUUGACGCAGAGUAUUUGAAUGUGAAAAUUGAAGGACUGAAUGGACAGCUUCCUAACCUGGAUAUGUUCAAUUUAAUUCAACGAAUAGCUGCUCGUGAGCUACCAGUGCGUGAACCCUGUGGCUACAAGCAAACCAGCCCGCGGAAACGUGCGAAGAAUAAAAAUGCUGUCCUCGAGAAUGUAAAGGCGAUGCUUUCAAUGUUGUUGUCGCAAGCGAAUGGCGUCCCAACUGGCAAUCAUGGUCUUUUCCAUCGUUAUCGUGUCGAAGCUCUGACCCUAGAAGCUGUAAAGAAGCCAAAAUCAGAUUAUCAAAGCCGCGGCGCAGCUGUUCUGCCGUUACUCAAAGUGAUAGAAGGAGUGUCAAGGAGUCUUAACAAUUUACUAGAGCGAUUCCAUCAAAGCUAUUUCUUCUACAUUUUAGUAUCAAAUGAUCGCUUUGUGUCCAUUGGUGAUUUCAUACCAUGUUUACUAUUGAUGGCGGGUCCAUUAUUUAUUAAAGCGUUUUUCUUGUGGCUCGGACUCAAUGUUGAGGAUCCGGAGAUGGAGAAGUGUGACGAGGAUGAAAAGCAAGCUGAGAGCUCGCAAACGGAGCUAAAACCAAUUGUGAAGAAGGAGUUGGACCUGCAAUAUUCGAAAGUGUUGAGAAUAUUUUUAAUCGCUCAUUUGAUUGGGUUUCUGGCUUCUGUGAUGCCCGAGAAUCGAGGCUUGAAUGAAGUGUUUGCAACCUUGGGCCUAAGUUCGAAUCAGUUUAUAACGGGAUUGGCGGUGGUUUUCUCGAUAGUGGCACUGCUUGCACCUCACAUUGUUGAACUGAAUUAUGAUGGAGUAGAGCUUUUACAUAUUGUUACGUUGCUGGAACUUGCAAGCGUUCUUGUAGUUGUUGGCCUUUUAAAUUUUGCGCUUGGUUUUCUACUGUCAAUAGUGAUCGCACCAGCAGCCAUCCUAGUGGAUAGAAAUCACAAUGCUAGCAUCAAAUGUCUAAACAGGUUCUACGUGAUCUUGCUUCAUCCUUUGAUCGUUUCUUACGGCGUUGUGUUAAUCCUUACUUUGAACGCAUUCCCUGAAUUAGGAUUACUAGCUGUGGCGCAGAGAGCGAUUGGAGCGACAAUGGAUGCUUUAACUUAUUCAGUGGUUGAUUCAAUUAUUUAUGGCAACUGGGUUUAUAAUGCUGUCACUAUUGCAUUUCUUUCGAACUGGAUGAUGCUUUGGAGAGUUGUGUGCUAUACAAAGACUGAGGAGGGUAGACCCAAAUUGAAAACUAGUUAAUUAUUCUGAAAAAUGUCCACUUAAAUUAUUUAGUUUGUUUUAUUGUUUAUCUGUUCCGAUAGUAGAAUAUAUGAUUUGGAUACAA